AAUACAUCUUCUCUAAUCUCUACACCCCGGCCCCUAGAUAUCUUGGUCCUUCCUUAUUUUGCAGCCAACACAAUCCAGUACAUGGCUACCCCCCCAAGAUCCUCCAUUUUUCUGUUCCUCCUGCUGCCAACAAUCCUGGCCGUGGCUAGUCUCCAAGUAAAGGUUUCCGGCCAAUCCAUCCCAUGGCCAUGGCCAUGCCCGUACGAGUGCCCCUCGCAGAACGAGACUCGCCUGCACUUGUUCUCUCACCAGUUCCCUGCUUUGCCGGGCGUUCCCAACCCAAACGAAGUAAGCGUGGCAAGCCCACCUGGCUCGGCUAUUGGAUUUGGCCAGAUGUACGUUCAUGACUGGAUUCUAGCCGAAGGGCCUAAUCCGAACGAGAAUGUUGUGGGACGCCUGCAAGGCUUUCACAUCCAGGCUGGUCAAGCCUUUACCAGCUGGUACACUUCUCACAUCAUGUUGUUCCAGAAUGGCAGGUUCGCAGGCUCCACACUCGAGGUCUUGGGCCUCACUGGAAACCCCACUGAUGAGUUGUCCAUUACGGGUGGUACUGGAGUUCUUACUAAUGCGCACGGCACUGCCAAGUUUACUUCUUCACAGAGUAGUACUUCCACUGACGCGAUCAGAGAGGUUGAUAUUCAUGUGUUUUAUACUCCAGAGACUCCGACAACUGUUUAAGUUACGGCGGCAGCUAUCUGAAGCGCAACUGGUCGUAUCGAGUAAUGUCCAGUGGUGAAGCUAGAACAAAUUGGAGGGAGGUGCACUUGCCUUGUGGGCGCAUAGAGUUGAGUUAUGGGGGUGCAAACUUUAAGUUAAUAAUUCAAGGAGAUAAUAAAAAUGUGUCCAUGGAUCGGAAGGCUGCGGUGUGUAAACUAAACGUUGGUACUCGCAACGCCUUCGUUGAUGUGUCUUGUGCUAGAUGCGAGAGUGAUGUAAUGUUUCUCAUGUAUGCCAAAUAAUAUUACGUGGCCGGCCGGGUUUGUAGCACGUAAGGGACAAUAAGUGUUGGUGCCUUUGUAAUGUUUGGAUGAAUGUUGUUCCUGUCAUUCAAAUAUAAUUCUCUGGUUGUGACUUG